UCCUUGUGUAUGAGGAGUUGGCCAACGAAGUAGACACUGCAGAUCACACAAUGUCUGGAGGAAGUGCUAGCGCAAGGUUUAAACCUAAUGAAGGAGACUGGAUUUGCCCGGAUGCAAAGUGUGGGAAUGUCAACUUUUCCAGAAGAAGCCAGUGUAAUAGAUGUGGAUCAGAACGGAAGGAUGGCACUGUUUUCAAAAAAGGUGGUACAGAAAUAGGAAAGAAUUUAGCUGAGAAGAGUAAAGGCCUUUUUAGUGCUGAUGAUUGGCAAUGUAAAAGUUGUGGCAAUGUGAACUGGGCACGGCGAAUGACGUGCAAUGUGUGUAAUUCUCCAAAAUAUGGAAAACAGGAGCAAAGAACAGGUUUUGGAGGUGGCUACAUGGAAAGAGAUGAGGUUGUUGAAUAUAUCAAAAGAGAUGUAGAGGAAGACAGUGAAUUUGAUGAUUUUGGUCGCAGAAAGAAAAAGUUUAGAAAAAGCAUCAGUUCAGAAGGGGUCAGCACAUCGGAGAAAAAUGAAACAAAUGAAGAGAAAGAUGAAGAAAAUGAGGAGGAGGAGGACGAGGAGGAGGAUGGAGAUUUGUCGAAUUAUAAGGUUGACUCAGAGGAGGAAGAAGAAGGGGAAGAUUUAGGAAAUUAUGACUUGGAAGGUAGCGAAGAAGAGGAUGACCAGAGAUCAAAUUCAUCUUCUAGUUCAUCUUCAAGGUCAAGCUCAUCUUCCUCAAGAUCAUCCUCCUCCCGGUCAAGGUCAUCCUCGAGGAACAGAAGGAAGAGAAGCAAUAGGUCUAGGUCCAGAUCUGAGUCGCCAAAAUCAAAGAAGAGCAAAGAUCGGUCAAGGUCGCCAAGGGACAGGAAGUCAAGAUCCCGGAGGUCGAGAUCAAGUUCUUCAGAAGACCGUCGACGCAGCAACAGUGGAUCAAGAUCUUCCUCCCAUUCAGGCAGCCAUAAGGAUGGACGGACACGGUCGAGGUUUGGUGUUCGAAAAAAAUCUUAAGAGUUUCAGUCCAAUUUUUUAACAAAUGAUUUAGAUAUCUAUUUAAUCAGAAUUUGGUAAAACAUACAAUAGUCAUAAUUUAUCUGCAUGGAAAUCACCUUCUUUUACUAGUUAGAAGGAAAAAGUGAAAUAUAGAUUUUACAUUUGACCUCAAUAUUUAUGAUUGAAAAAUGAUAAGGAUUAAAUUCUGCUUUGUGUAACAAUCAAUUGAAUUUAACUACAUGUACAAAUUAUUCAUAAUAUACUUAUAUGGGUUGUAUGCAGUGUGUGAAUAAAGAAAAUUAAAAAAAAAAAUCUUUUGGUUACAUCUUCCUUGUGAAUUUGGAUGUUGGUUUAUAUAUAGUUUUAUUUUUAUCCUGAAUCUUUUUGUUUUGGGGGCCAAUUUGAAGCUGUAAAGAAUAUAAUAUUGAUCCAAAAUAUCAUGUUUUGACAAAUCUUUUUACAUUUUCAGGUAUUGAACAUCUGAAGAUGACAUCUACCAACAGAUCCAAUUGAUUUGAUGGUGCUGAGGAUAUUUUAUAGAAGGCCUGUUUAUCAGACAUACCUGUCAUCUAAACUCUAGAAUAUAUUAAAAAUUGGUAUUAUCAUAUGUCAAAUCAAUUUUUCAUAUUUGAUUUAGUUAAAAUAUUUCAUUUUCAAAUAAUAACAGAAUGAUUAUAUUCAAAAGCAAUAAUAGAUGUUUUCUGAGAACUUACUUUAUACAAGACAUUUCAGUGUCCGUAUAUAGAGGAACCUUUUUCAGUAGUGAAGGCAUUUGUUUCUGUGUACAGUAGAACUCAGUCCAUCUAUGUGUUGGUUUCUGUUGACAGAAGAAAAAAAAUGUCCAUCUAAGCAUUGGUUUCUGUGUAGAGUGGAACUUUGUCCAUCUAGGAAUUGGUUUCUGUGUACAGUGGAAAUUUAUCCAUCUGGGCAUUAAUUUUGAUGUACAGUGGAACUUUGUCCAUUUAGGUAUUGGUUUCUUUGUGUACAAUGGAACUUUCAUCCAGGUCCUAGUUUCUAUGAACACUAGAACUUUGUCCAUCUGGGCAUUGGUUUCCGUGUACAGGGGAACUUUGUCAAUCUAGAAAUUUGUUUCUUUGUAUACAAUAGAAUUUAUUUCCAUCUAGGUCCUAGUUUCUAUGAACACUAGAACUUUGUCCAUCUGGGCAUUGGUUUCUGUGUAGAGUGGAACUUUGUCCAUCUAGACAUUGGUUUCUUUGUGUACAUUAGAACUUCCAUCCGGGUGCUAGUUUCUAUGAACAGUAGAAAUUUGUCCAUCUGGUCAUUGGUUUCUGUGUAGAGUGGAAAUUUAUCCAUCUGGGCAUUGGUUUGUUUUAAAUAGAACUUUGUCCAUCUAGGCAUUUGUUUCUGUGUACUGUAGAAUUUUUUCCAUCUGGGCAUUGGUCUCUGUGUACUGUAGAACUUUGUCCAUCUAGGCAUUGGUCUCUGUGUACUGUAGAAUUUUUUCCAUCUGGGCAUUGGUCUCUGUGUACUGUAGAACUUUGUCCAUCUAGGCAUUUGUUUCUGUGUACUAUAGAACUUUGUCCAUCUAGGCAUUUGUUUCUGUGUACUGUAGAAUUUUUUCCAUCUGGGCAUUGGUCUCUGUGUACUGUAGAAC